CACCUCACUUUGGAAAUUUGCGCUCGUGUAGUCCUGCUUAAAGCGGUGCUCACCUGCCGGGCUGCGUGGCUGUCAGCGGCUUAGCAACUGAUUUAAUAGGAUAAUCAGACUAAUUGCCUCCUCUGAUAUUGCCUUCAUUGAUUCUGUCGACCAUUCCCCUAAUCACUGUCAUGAUUAUCUUCAUUUUCUUCUCUCUUGCUCUUUCAAAGUGACCGGCUGCAGGUGUUUUUGUGCUCUGAUUUGCGCCAGUCCAGGCUGGCAAUAUGUAAUUUUGGGAUAGACGCUGCGUUUUUGGAGAAGUGGACUAUUUCACAGCUGCGAUUCCUCGUUUUCUUUUAAAACGUUGAGGCUUUACUCUGUAGACUAGAACGGAUUCUGAUACACCGUGAUGGUGUGGGGCUAUCAGAACUGACAGCAGAGUGUACGCUAUCAUUUGGAAACUGCUUGUGGGACUGGUAAAAAAUGAAAGCUCCCAUUCCUCUUUUGAUCCUGCUUCAUGCCGUUGUGGUCCAUUGCCUGAAAGUGGUGUCGAAGAGAGGCUCAGUGGAAGGCUGCACGGAUUGGUCAGUGGACUACCUGAAAUAUAAAGUGCUUCUUGGGGAACCUGUACGGAUUAAGUGUGCUUUGUUCUAUGGAUAUAUCAGAGCCAACUACACCCAUGCGCAGAGCGCAGGACUUAGCCUUAUGUGGUACAAAAGUGCAGGACAUGGUGACUUCGAGGAACCCAUCAGUUUUGACGGCACAAGGAUGAGCAAGGAGGAGGAUGCCAUAUGGUUUCGACCGGCAGAGUUGGACGAUGUGGGGUACUAUUCCUGCGUAUUAAGGAACUCCACUUACUGCAUGAAGGUGUCCAUGUCUCUCACAGUGGCGGAGAAUGACACAGACCUCUGCUACAACUCCAAAAUGAGGUUCUUUGAGAAGGCAGAACUAAGUAAAAGCAAAGACAUCAGCUGCAUGGGCAUUGAGGAUUAUCUGCAGCCAGGAGUGGAGCCUGAGAUUGUGUGGUACAAGGAAUGCAAGCCAAAGCAGUGGAGACAAACCAUAGAAAGGAGGAGGGACACUCUAUCCAUCAAGGAAGUACGGGAAGAUGACAUUGGGAAUUACACCUGCGAAUUACAGUUUGGGAACUUUGUGGUACGGAGGACGACUGAGCUAUCCGUCACAGCUCCCCUGACAGACAAGCCGCCAAAAAUCCUUUCCCCCUCGGAGAGCCAAAUGAGCGUCAUAGAGAUGGCAAUAGGAAGUCCUGUCAACCUGACGUGCAGAGCAUUCUUUGGAUAUAGCGGAGACGUCAGUCCACUUAUUUACUGGAUGAAGGGGGAGAAGUUCAUUGAGGAUCUGGAUGAGGAGCGGGUUCAGGAGAGUGACAUCAAGACAAUCCGGGAGCACCUGGGGGAGCAAGAGGUUUCCAUCUCUCUGACCAUCGACUCUCUGGAGGAGAGCGACCUGGGCAACUACUCCUGCUAUGUGGAGAACGGCAACGGGCGGCGACAGGCCAACAUCCAGCUCACCAAGAAAGCAGAGCUGAUGUACACGGUGGAGCUGGCCGGAGGUCUGGGAGCCAUCCUGAUACUGCUGAUCUGUCUGGUGACGCUGUACAAGUGCUACAGGAUUGAGCUCAUGCUCUUCUACAGGAACCACUUCGGCAGUGAGGAUAUAGAUGGAGAUAACAAGGACUACGACGCUUACCUGUCCUACACUAAAGUGGACCCGGACCAGUGGAGCCAGGAGACCCGAGAGGAGGAGCGCUUUGCCCUGGAGAUCCUCCCCGACGUUCUGGAGAAGCAUUAUGGGUAUAAACUCUUCAUUCCAGACAGGGACUUGAUCCCCACAGGAAGUUUCACCAAUGAUCAUUUCCAGGAUGACACAAGACUACUUAGAGCCUACAUCGAGGACGUAGCACGCUGUGUGGACCAGAGCAAGCGCCUCAUCAUCGUCAUGACACCCAGCUAUGUGGUGCGGAGGGGGUGGAGCAUCUUUGAGCUGGAGACGAGGUUGCGCAACAUGCUGGUGACCGGCGAGAUCAAAGUCAUCCUGAUCGAGUGCGCCGAGCUGCGCGGCAUCAUGAACUACCAGGAAGUGGAGGCCCUCAAACACACCAUCAAGAUGCUGACAGUCAUCAAGUGGCGCGGGCCGUCCAGCAACAAGCUCAACUCCAAGUUCUGGAAGCAGCUGCUCUACGAGAUGCCCUUCAAGCGCAUGGAGCCCCUGAGCAUCUCUCACGAGCAGGUGCUGGACGUCAGCGAGCAAGGCCCCUUCGGUGAGCUCCAGACCGUCUCGGCCAUCUCCAUGGCGGCAGCCACCUCCACCGCCAUGGCGACGGCACACCCGGACUUGCGCUCCACCUUCCACAACUCUUGCCACACCCAGAUGAGGCAGAAACAUUAUUACCGUAGCUACGACUACGACCUGCCGCCCGGCGGUACGCUCCCACCACUCCCACCGCUCUCCACGCUCUCCACGCUAGGCAGCCAGCACACCUACUGCAACAUCCCCAUGACGCUCAUCAACGGACAGCGGCCGCAGUCCAAGUCGCCGCGCCAGCAAAGUCUGGAGGAGGCCCACGGCAACAACGCCAUGCUGCCUCUGCUGCCCAGAGAGACCAGUAUUUCCAGCGUCAUCUGGUGACAGAGACGGUGCCGAGCGGGAUAGACUGUGGAUCUAUAUGAUGUCCGUCGCAGGGAGGACUCACCACUGGCACUUGGACCCUGAAUGCACCGGAGCCAGAUGGACCUGAAUGGCACUGAAGUACUUGCUGCUGUUGAAUUUGCACCAGGAAACAUCAGGGGGAGGACAGGAAGGACACACUGGACACAUUGGGGAUGGAGGUGGUGGCAGAUGUUUUUGUUUUGGUCCAAUAAGAGCUUUUAUUGACACUGAACAACAACAAAAAGAAACAAGGAGAACUUUUUUAUGCCUGUAUAAACACUCACGUAACACAAGCCAACACCUAUGAUUAUUUACCCAGAAAGUCAAGGAAUACAGGGUCCUGUACAUAAGUUUUUUCUAAUUCUUUGUAGCAUCAGUGUUUGGGACUUGUUUCUUCUUAUGUUUUAUCAUCAGUUGGGACUCUCUUUUUGUUUUGUUUCGUUUCAGUUUGUACAAAAGUGAAGCAAUGGCCUGUGAGAAGUUUUGGAUAAACCGUUGUUACCUUUAUCUUAAUUUGUUGGCUGGUGUAGUAGUAAAGCUUUGGGAUUUUUCCGGGAAGGCAGGGUUAAAGCCGCAGCCUUCGGGAGAUGAGAAUGAUUUGGUUUUGGAUUUCCCGGAGUUUCAGCUCCACCGGCUGCUGUAAAGGGUUGAAAAUCUGGACCCAACCUGAAUAUGCAAAAAAAGGAGUCCAGAGAGCAGGGAAAAGAUGGGUUUCACAAAUCGAUCAUAUUCGAAUGCUUUCGGAAAAGUCAUAUCUGUGAAAUGGGAUAUGAAUAAUUUGGUGCUAGGCUUCACAAAUCUCUGUUUCUCUCACGAUAACAUUUACUUUAAAAAAUAACAGCCUUGCUAUUUACCUUAACAGAUGAUUAUAUCACCGAAAAAUUAAUUAUGUGUAUUAUUUUAUGAAAAAAGAAAAAGUCUAUUUUUGUAACUGAGGGAUAUUUGCUUUGAGAUGUUAUACCUAUAAAAUGAUGGAAGGAAUUGGGGAAACAUAAUAAAAAAGAACAAUGUUUUGUUAUGUGGAACUGCACAGCUCACAAAAAUCAUUAGGUCAUUCACUAAAUGUCUUACCCUUAUAUUGCAAGAGAAAAAAAAGUUUGUUUUCAUUAUUAAAAAGAGGAGUUUUGACAUUUCAUACAAACCACGGAUUGCAGCUCAGCUGGCUUUUUAUGUUUGUUGAUUUCACAGGCAUCGCAGCGAUUCACAGUUGAUUUAACAAAGACGGAGCUACGCUUUCGAUGAUGUCAGUACAGAUGGAGGAGAGGAAAGCCAUGACAUCCAGUGUCACCUGAAGCAUUUAUUCUACCUGGUUUCCUCUGACGGACCAAACAAGGCUGUCCAGGGCUAAACAAGUAUCUCUGUUAUUCAUUUCCUCUUAAAUGACAGCUCUGUUAUUUGUUUGCCAUUCCCCUUGUCAGCGGAAAUGAUUUGUCAGUUGAGUUGUGCUUUUCGAUAAAUAAAGUAAGGCUUUCACAUCUUGGUUCUGAACACUCUAAGUCGGCACUGCUGCUGUGACGGGACCUAGGAAUAUAGCGACCACAAUGAGUCCAAAAUGAGUCUCAAAUACCUUUAAACAGUCGCUGACUUGAUGAUAAAGUUAUUCAUGUUUAGUUAUUAAUAUUAAAAAUUAACAUUUUAAUGGAUAAAAUCAAUUAUAUUUUUGACCUACUGACCAGUAUCAUGGGGCGUAUUCUCCUCAACACCAAUAGCCUUUUAGAAUGAAACCCUUCCAAAUAAGAUGUAAUUAAUGCUUAAGAGAGAAAAGAAUGUAUUUUAAAAUUCUAAUUAAAUCUUGGAGUAUAUGUAACUAUACUAUAGAAAUGCUACUUAGAGCAAGUUAGACCAAAGCAAACUACAGUGAACCAUUCUCAUUCACAAAAUUGUCCUUUUAUUCCUCUGAGGAAAGCUUCCUUCAUGACUGGUACUAUUUCAUCAAAUCACACGAAAUGAGCUAUUCUCACAUAUCCACUCAGACCUGUGAAGGCGGCCCGUGUACUUGUUAUUUGUUUUUCAAUAAACUAACCUCAUACUAAAAUACCUGCAGCAUCUCAUAACGUAGAGAUGUUUCAUUUAGUGCCAUAAAAUAUGCAAAGUGAUGAACUCGUAAACAAUAAAUGAAGCGUGUUUUUUUUUUUUUCCUUUAUCCUCUUGCAAUCUUCAGUUGUUGCUUUUUAAUUUUACUUUUACAAAAUAUUUCAGAACAGGCCUGUGUUGUUGUUUUUUAAGUUUCAAAGUGUUUGCUUUAUGCUGACAAAUUUGCAUUUUGGAGGAACGGUCGAGAUCUUUCAAUCAACCAAUAGUUUGUUAGAGCCAGGCCUGUUUUUAUCCACCUUAAUCAGACCUUUCCCCCUAUGAAAAGUAAGAUAUGCAUUAUGUUCAAGAGCACCAUGUCUAAAUAGAGGAGUUUGUUGUGCUCUAUGACAUAGCAUUGUGUAAAUAUAAUCAAAACAAUAACGUGAUUAAGAUGAAGACAAUCGAGCCAUAGUCAUGAAACCAAUGGUCAUUAUUCACAAGGCCUCUCAAAGUAGAAAUACUAAUCCUGACUGGAGGUGAACACGUAGAAUCGAUGAGAUUUUGACAAGAGUUUUGCGUCGGGGCUCCUGCUUUGGGAAGCUAUGUGAAUAUAUUAUUUUAUAAGUGGGCCAAUACACAUUUUUGUUUCAUGAUGAACUGAACAUUUCUGGCGAUGUGGCUUUGGUGAUAAAGAUGAUGAUGAUGAUGAAGAAUAACAAUGACAAUAUAUAGCACAGAAUUAUUCCAGGCACUUUCACGACUCUUGAGACGUCUCUCCUGUUUCUGAUUUAUUUUCUAUUAUGUAUCUGCAAUGUUCAUUAAAAGAGAUACUGUUAUUAUUAUUAAUAAAACCACAUUUACGGUAA